AUGAGUGAUACCUCCUCGGUGAGCAUUGAAAUCGUCCCUGAUUUGAGUCCAGCGCCGGGAUGGGGACUCCGGCAGUCGCAGUCUUUGGAGCGGGAAGCCCCCGUCGCGGCAGGCGAUACUGAAGAGGCUUCGGCGUCCGAGGGUCCGCAACCUUCCGCGGCGGCCACUUUGAGUCCGAACCGAACGAGGUCUUUUGACCGCGCGCCGUCGGGGCCGCAGACUCCCGAAGAGGCGGUCUCUCGAGGGUCGUCUGUGUCCGGGCGUGCGAACGCCGUUUCGGGGACUCCUGCGCGCAGUCCACCACGCGUUGAUUCGGAAGCGCCGCAGUACGGAUCCAGUGUUGGAGGGGCGAGUUGCAGCGAAGGUGAGGAAAAGGAGCAACCGGACGUUCCAGGGUCCCCCGGAGAUGUCUCUGCUCGUGCCAGCGACAAGGUCCGGGUGACGGCGGCGGGAGAGACAGGCCAGAUAGGCAUCUCUUGGGGGCCCGUGGAGGAACCGGAGAGACGGUCGACGAAAAGCAGAUGGGAAUCGAAUUCUGGAGCCCCGAGCAGGGUAACGAACCACCCACGGACGACCAGGCCAAAAAGUCGGUAUUCAGCGUUCGAGCUUGAGGAUCCGGCGCGGUACCCGUCGCAGUCUUUGCCGUUCCAAUCCGUGCAAUACCCCAUGGAAAGUUCCAGGUUUUCACGGCGGAUGGAUUCUACGGUUCUUACAGACUUUGGCGUUAAACGUCUCCAGAAGGGUCACGCCUCAAGGCUCCUCUUGCUUCGCUUUGCCUUGGCCUUCCGCGUCGUAUCUGCCGUAGCGCUUCUCGCCGUUGGCACAUUCACAUUUUCUCGCGUUCGCGACAGCGUCACGUGCACAGCGGCGAUCUGCUACAAAGGGGAGAACGUUUUCUCCGUUGGAGAAGGAUACACUUGGGCAGACAGCAUGCUGAUAGCACUCGAGUGGCAGCUGUUGUGUCCAGUGCUUGUCCUGGUGACAACGAUUUUCUUCAACUCGUAUAUUACGUUUGCAGUCAUAUGGAACGGCUCGAAGGAAAACUUCGCCCGCGAAGAGAAAGCCACAACCAUUUGCUGCCUCAUCUCCACAUGUUGUCUGGCAGUGCUCGUGGCACCGCUGUUCCUCGUGAUGCACGGGUUCUGCAAUUUCAACUCUUACGACUGGACGUAUCUUUACGCUGAACCCGCCAUGCCCGCCGUGAGUGCGGGCCAGAUGCUUUGCGAUCAGAAGGGGCUCAUCAUGGUGACGGUAGGCGUGGCGGCCGCCGCAGUCCUUUCCGAGUUGUGUUUGUUCGUCAGGGGAUACACGCGAUUCUUUGAGGCUACUCUAAUUCUAGGUUACCUAAAAUUCGCCGCUGGUGCGACAGUCCUAUCCAUGGCCACUCUCGUCGUUCGAGACAGUACACAGUAUGAUAACGCCGUCCGAGAUAUUAGGAAUGCCUUGCUGCGGAACGCCGCGGAGGAACAACAUGAGAGUCACGUGGGGCCUUUGACUAACGUGGACAGACACGGAUUUCUCAUCCCUAUUAAUAUUUCUGAAACGGUCGAGGAGAGCAUGCCGAAUGUGGAAAUCCUACCUGUAGCUGUGUCGUCCCAGUAUUCUCUUUUCUUCGAUACCACAUUGAGUGCUCUCUACAUACUGGGCUUCGUAAAUGUGGGCUGUGGCCUCUAUGGGUGCUUUGCUGCCUGGAACCGCUGCCAAGUCCUCGCUACUAUUAAUGUCCUGAUUAAUUUUGUUUUUUUCGUGGUGAAUGCUGUGGGUGUCGGCGGAAUGCUCUUUGGCGCACAACAACUCAACUUCAUUUGCAACUACUCCGACUAUCCAGUGCGACAACUCGAUUACGACAUUUAUUUAUCUCGUCUUGUCUGCCAGUCGAGAGCCACGUACUUAACGUCUUGGGCAAUUCUGGCGAUUGCUGUUUUAAUCUUUUUUGUGGACUUCGUCGUGAGCGCCUGGGGUUUCAUUCAGAACUACUGUCGAAAGGAUCCAGGAGGGUCGUCUCAGAAGCGCCCUGUGACUGGGAAGGCAGACUGA